CCUAAACUUACGUGGAGAGACGUUCAAUACGUGAUUGCAUUGACCGCCAAUCCAAAGCCGUUCAAAGAUGGCGACUUUACAAAGAAUGGAGCUGGACAUCUAUGGCACUCUGUCGCUCCUGGGUCUCCGGGUUUCGGCGGCGGUUUCGCUCGUUGGGUGUCUGCGCGUCCACGCACUCGCGCAUGUCCAUUUAAUGGGUCAGUCGCACACCUUGGGGAGUGGGGGGGGGGUGCAGAGAUUUGCGCCGCACGGGGCCCACAUGUCUAUGUCGCAGUAGUCGCCCAGCCUCCCUUUCUCGCUAGCAAUAGCACUUACUACGGCUUCGGUUUGAUGGACGCCGGAAAGGCCGUGCGGUUGGGCGAGCUCUGGCGAACUCUUCCUCCACAUCACCGGUGUACCACAAACGUCAAGCAACUUUCCAGAAACUUGACAUUUCUUUUCUCUGAGACAUACGCUUUCAACUUCACCGGUUGUCGAGCUGCCUCAAUUUCGACGCUAGAUGGCAGUCAGGUGCCACAGCAUAAGAUCAAGGAGGAGGGCGAACCGGUCGCAUACAUUGAGCACAUUCAAGUCUUCAUGACCGUGCGCUAUGCGCAUCGAGGACUCGUCCGCGUGAGAGUGGUAUCACCGUCAGGUAAGGAAUAUCCAUCUUCUUGA